AUGCACCUUCCCACUAUCCUGUUUCUCCUUCCUAUUCCAAAAUAUGUGAAAGAAUUAUUAGAAUUUAAAAAAUAUAAUUGCAAUUUACGAAGUUUGAUUUUUGUCAGGAUAUAAUCGGACCAGUUUCUGCUUUAACUCCGCCAUGAGCACGCAACAACGAAAGCAAAGCAGAUAAACCUUCAAUAUAAUUGCUGCAUUAUUUGCUUGCUUUGAUUUUGUUGCUUCAGUCAGUUACUUUUGCAGCAGGUUCAUUAAGAGGACUUUCUCCAAUGCAAAGAAUACAUUAAGCCUGCCAUUCGUCACAAAAUGGUUAGCAAUAAGACUGUCAUUUUCAUGAGCCAAUUGUAUCCCUUUCUUGGGAACGGGUGCAUUAUGUCUGGAUGAGUAGUUUGACAUAGUGGCACUGCAUCACAGAAAAUUAAAAAAGGUCGUAUGCUUAGGGGAGCACUUUCUACAAUGAAUAUAAUAGCAUCUUAUGAUGUUGAACAUAUGAGUUCUACAUCUAGAAUUCAGCGUGAGAUGAGGUCACUCAAUGAGAUUAAUCCAGAGGCAGCAAGGUUUCCAUGUUGUCUAGUUUGGACUCCACUCCCAGUCGUUUCAUGGUUGGCACCUUUCAUUGGGCAUGUUGGUAUUUGCAGGGAGGAUGGAAUUAUUUUGGAUUUUUCAGGAUCCAACUUUGUGAAUGCUGAUGAUUUUGCUUUUGGCGCGGUGGCCAGAUAUCUUCAGCUUGACCACAGUCAGUGUUGCUUUCCACCAAAUCCAGCUGCGCACACAUGCAAUCAUGGUUAUUGGCACACAGAAUUUGGAACAGCAAUCACUUGGGAUGACGCUUUACAGUCAAGUGUGCACCAAUUUGAACACAAAACUUACAACCUGUUUACAUGCAACUGCCACUCCUUCGUCGCAAGUUGUCUGAACAGACUUUGUCAUGGUGGAUCAAUGGGUUGGAACAUGAUCAAUGUGGCGGCUCUAGUACUGUUUAAGGGGCAUUGGAUCAACAGCAUGUCAAUCAUUCGGUCAUUUCUCCCGUUCAUGGUGGUGCUCUGCAUAGGUGUAUUAAUGGUGGGCUGGCCAUUCUUCAUUGGUUUAUUCUCAAUUUCUAUCCUCCUUUUAGGUUGGUAUGUAUUUGGGACCUAUUGCUUCAAAGGCCUGAUAGAAUGCUAGUUCCUUGCUUCAUUAAUGUUUAAGUUUAGUUUUGUAAAGGAAGCAAAGAUGAUAUGGUUUAAUGUUUCUUCUGAAAUGUAUGUUCAUAGUACAUGCUUAAGAGAUGCAGCAAGUUUUCUGUAGAGAGCUUUGCUGAUGUUUAAGUCUA